CGUGUGAGGCCGAGGUACCUCGAGCGUUUGUGCGCGGCGGCUCGCACUCUGAGGGGGCGGCGCUGUGCUGUGGUCGGGACCUCGGGGCGGCGUUGUCCGCGCGGCCAGGCACCUGGGAGGGUGAAGGCGAGAGAGGCAGAUGACGACGCUGAACACAGGCUCUGCAAGAAUCCCCAUAAUGAAUGGAUCCAGUGUGGCAAGUACACCACCCAGUGUAAAAUGCAAAGAGGACCAAGGGCUAAAUGGACACGAGGAAAAGGAAAACCCAUUUGCAGAAUACAUGUGGAUGGAGAAUGAAGAGGAUUUUAACAGACAGGUAGAGGAAGAGCUGCAGGAGCAAGACUUCUUGGACCGCUGCUUUCAGGAGAUGCUGGAUGAAGAGGACCAGGACUGGUUCAUACCAUCACGAGACCUGCCUCAGGGUGUGGGACACUUACAGCAACAGUUAAAUGGACUAUCAGUCAGCGACAGUCAGGAAUCUGAAGACAUUCUGAGCAAAAGUAACCUGAAUCCAGAUGCCAAGGAGUUUAUUCCAGGAGUGAAGUACUGAGCUGUUGGAAGCUUCCAGAAGGACUUGUUUUGUCCCCGUACCUGGGGCCAGCAAUGCACAAAAAGGCAGAGCUGAAGGGGGGUGGUAAGGGUGUGCAGCCAAGGCGGGUUGGGUCGGGAAGGUUGUUUAACUGGAUACUGUGACUGAGUAACUAAUGUGUGAGGUACUACUCUCCAAGCCUCUGAGAAUGGCUCUUCUGUUCUGCCAACUUUUUCAGAGCAGUUUUCCCACUUUAUUUUAUUUUAUUUUAGAUGAACUCUUCGGAGUUAAGCAACUGCAGUUGUUUUCCCCUUGUAAAGAAUGUUGUUUGCAUUUAAGCAAAAUAAGCAGACCAAGGAAAACAGUAUUUAAGAGAUAACUUUCCCUGCUGUGUACCUAUGAGGAACAGGGCACCUGGAUAGCUGCUGGGUGGUAAGAGAUACAAACCAGAUGCAACACUCAGCUCCCCAUCCCCUGGCAUUUCCAUGAUGAACUAGGGUGCCAGUGGCCCACAAAGCUUUUGUCUCCUGUCCUGAACUCUACUCAAGAAAACAGAUCUGCAAGUUCUUGGAUGAAUGUAACUUCGGAUGGAUGUAAGUUGUAUAUCAGAAGAACAGGGCUCGAUGGUGACUGUCAUUUAGUUAGUGUUGUCCCAACAUCACUGUGUAGCUGCUCUCACUCAUCAUUUACAAGUGAAAGGUUACAUAGGGCUCUCUGUCAUGAUCUUGAGGGGGCUCCUCCAGGCUUCUUUCCCCCACAGUCUAAAAGACACUGUUAGCCAAAGUCUGAGACAGGCCUUUAGUUGUGUUAGUUACAUCUUGAAUCUUUUUAGACAGUUUUCUUUUCCUAAGUCCCAUGAAUAUUUGGCCCUUAUGGUAUCUUAAUUCCCUCAAAGAUUUCUGUGUUUUUUAAAGGAAAUACAUUUUCUUUC